ACCACGGCAUAUCUACAACCUUGAGUUUCUAUUGACAUUUUAAUUACACGUCGAUUUAUAAUCUUGCUUAAGUCAUCGACGUAUUUUUUUGCUGAUGAAAAAUCAAGAUAAUCGGUUUAUAUUUGUAUUUAAAUAAUUUUGAUAUAUUUAAGAUUGUAUAAUGGUAUUUUAUAUAGUUAUUUUAGCAUAAAUGACUAAUAGAUAUCAGCAUUAAUCGUUUUUGAAUAUAUGCAGCAACUGUUGUGUAGUCAACAAUUUUUUCAUAAAUUGAAGCUAGAGUAUAAUAGAAGUUAAAUUUAUACUUUAGAAAAGUAAAAUGAUGCAAGAUGAGGAUCUCGGUGGUCCAGCCAGACGGAAUGUUUUUGUCCAAACAAUAUCAAGAAUAUCACAGGUUCAUCAACGAUGUUUAGAUUUGUGGACUCCACAUGUAACAUCAAGAUGGAUAUUUGCUUUUUUGCUAUUAACUGUUUUUGUUCUACGCAUAUUCCUUUCUCAGGGAUGGUAUAUUGUAACAUAUGCAUUAGGAAUUUAUCAUUUGAAUUUAUUCAUAGCAUUCCUUACACCGAAGAUCGAUCCUGCAAUGGAUUUGGAUGAUAUUGAUGGACCAGAGUUACCUACAAGAGCCAAUGAAGAAUUUAGGCCAUUUAUAAGAAGAUUGCCUGAAUUUAAAUUUUGGUACUCUGUGACAAAAUCUACAGUUAUUGCUAUGAUAUGUACUUUCUUUGAUUUCUUUAAUAUACCAGUAUUUUGGCCGAUAUUAGUUAUGUAUUUCAUAACAUUGCUCUGUAUUACAAUGAAACGUCAAAUUAAGCAUAUGAUCAAGUACAGAUAUUUGCCUUUUACUCAUGGAAAACCAAAGUAUCAAAAUCAUGAGAAUACUUCAAGGUUAAUACCACCAAACUGAAUAGAUAAAAAAGUGCUUGUUCAAGCAAGCAUAUAAGUGUAGAUUUCAACUUUCCAAAUAUCGGAUGGAAAAAGAAGUGAAAUUCGACUAUGGAACAUUUUUUUUCUAUGACGCUACGUAUGAAUAAGUUCGUUUCUUUCUACAAGGAAAGAAUUAUUCUGCACAAGCGUUAUUCCAAAAUAUCAUGUUAUACGAUAUAUAAAUUGAAUCACAUCAUAAUAUAUGUGUAUCAUAAAACUUGUACAAAGUAUUGUUAGGUCUUACAUAAAUGUGGACACAGUAACAAUAUGAACAAUAUACAACUAUUAAUGUAAUAUUAAAUUAUCACUGAAUGUAAAAAUUAAUUCAUAUUCAUAGAAUUUGCAAUAUAGUCUCAGAUCCGUUUCUUAA